GUUUCUUGUUUCUUUCCCAAUUGCCUUUUAUCUCGCCGUCAACCACGCCUCGCGUCAAGCUGCGUUUAAUUGCACCUAUUAUUGCUCGACCGGUGACACAGACUCGGUUUUCGCAAUGACAGACGCGGUAGACCCCGACAAGGCGAAGAAAAAGUUGGUCCACGCCGGAAUUCCUAAGGCGGAAUGCCUGGACGAUAUGGAGGAAUUCAUGGCGAGAGAAGAGAACCAAACCAUAGACGCGGCUCUUAGAAACCUCGACGAGCAGCACAGUAAAUACAAGUUCAUGGAGUUAAAUCUACUCCAGAAGAAACAAAGGUUAAAGACCCAGAUCCCAGAAAUCAAAACGGCGCUGGAGAUUGUCAAACUGCUUAUAACGAAAAGGGAUGCCUCCGAAGACAUGGAGACAAAGUUCAUGAUGUGUGAACAAGUUUACUCCAAGGCUGUCAUACCUCCGACCGAACGAGUCUGCCUUUGGCUUGGCGCAAAUGUGAUGCUGGAGUACUCGCUAGAAGCGGCGGAGGAGCUGCUCUGUAAGAAUUCGCAGACUGCUGUGAGGAACCUCACAGAGUUGAACAAUGACCUGGAUUUCCUCAGAGAUCAGAUCACAACCACUGAAGUCAAUAUGGCAAGACUCCACAACUGGAACGUGAAAAAAGUGCAGGCGGAAAAGCUGAGUGCCCAGAUGUCGGCUUGAGUGUCACGGACACCGUUAUGCAAGCAACUUUCUUAUUGCUAACAACUUCUUCAGUGGUGGUGUUGCGGAAAUCGCCAACGAAUCCGCCUAAAAAGUUGACGCACAGCCGUCAUCUUGUGAAGAGUGUCCAUACGACUGUGCUGCGGGCUUGCACCGAUGCGCUGAAUAUAAGUUAUUGCUACAUUUGCAAGACCUGACCAAAGGUUUAGAAAAUGGUGAAUAAAAAAGGAUUUGUUUCAACUAA